GCCUGCGACGGGCCCAUAGCUUGCGGCCGGCACCGUUGGCAGUCGGCGCGGACACUAUCCCCCCCCGGGUGCUGUCAGCAGCGGGCAGCGGUGGGCCCGGAAGCUGGCGCUGGCGACGUAUCGGGAUGCAUGCAGGCAGCAUGCAGGUAAUGCAGGCCGGUGGGUUUUUCAGCAGCAAGAGACGCAGAGUAGAGACAGAGAUGAUAUAUAUAUUCCGGAGACAUUCCCUGCUGGCGGUGAUGUUGGGGGAUCAGCAACGGCAACGGCAACAGCAACAGAAGCAGCCUCUUCGUUUUCCAUCCUCCGAGUACAACCGCUGUCCACGCCACCAUGAAGUUCGCCAGCUCGUUGCUUUCGUUGGCCUCUCUCUCCAGCCUGGUCCUGGCCGAGACCCACCACUUCCAGUGGAACGCUACCUACUUGACGGAGAACCCGGACGGGCUCGCAGAGGUGAGCGACAUUGUCGGGUGCAACGGCGCAUACCCGUGGCCAACCAUCAACGUCACGAAGGGUGACCGGGUGGUGAUCGACCUGUACAACGGCCUGGGCGUGGCCAACACGUCGAUCCACUUCCACGGUCUCUUCCAGCACCACAACAACAAGAUGGACGGUGUGCCGGGCUUGACGCAGUGUGAAAUUCCUCCCGGCGAGUCGUUCACCUACAACUUCACCGUGCCCGACCAGGUCGGCACCUUCUGGUACCACUCGCACAGUAAGGGCCAGUACAUGGACGGUAUGAGGGGUGCGUUCAUCAUCAGUGACCCGGAGAACCCCUACGCAGAAAAGUACGACGAGGAAAGAGUUAUUCAGUUGUCCGAAUGGUACCACGACAACAUCACCACCUUGACCAAGUCGUUCCUCAACGUGUUCAACCCCACCGGCGCAGAGCCAAUCCCACAGACCCUCUUGAUGAACGGCUACAUGAACAGCACGCUUGACGUCGAGCCAGACAAGACCUACCUCCUCAGAAUCAUCAACGUCGGAGGUUUUGUCUCCCAGUACUUCUCUGUCGAAGACCACAACCUCACGAUUGUCGCCGUCGACGGUGUUUAUGUAGAGCCGAACGAGACGGAGGUUGUCUACAUUACUGUCGCCCAGAGAUACGACGUCUUGCUUAAGACCAAGAAGGACACGUCCAAGAACUAUGCCAUGAUGCAGUUGACCGACAUGACCAUGCUUGACACCCCAACUAUCAUUACCGCCAACGUCACCAACAAUCUUCAGUACGACGCCUCGAACGGGUGGCCUGAAGAAAUCGAGGUCGACAUUGAGGAGUUCUUCGACGAUUUCUGGUUGACCCCUGUCCACGACUACGAAACCUACGAUGACUAUGAUCACCAAAUCACCAUCGACGUCGUCAUGGACAACUUGAACAACGGUAUCAACUACGCCUUCUUCAACAACAUCACCUACGUCGCUCCUAAAGUUCCAGCCCUUGGUACCGUUCUUUCUGCACCAAACGACACCGUCUCCUUGCAACAGGCCAUCUAUGGUUCCAACACACACUCCUUCGUCUUGCAAAAGGACGAGAUUGUCGAGAUUGUCUUGAACAACAACGAUACUGGUAAGCAUCCUUUCCAUUUGCACGGUCACGUCUUCCAGGUUGUCGAGCGUGGUCCAAACUACAAGACCGCUUCUGACCCUGUCAACUACAACGAAUCUGCGCCUUACACUCCAAGAGAUAAGCCAAUGGUCAGAGACACUCUUUACGCUAACCCUCAGUCCUACUUUGUCAUCAGAUUCAAGGCCGACAACCCUGGUGUUUGGUUCUUCCAUUGCCAUAUUGAAUGGCAUUUGCUUCAAGGUUUGGCAAUUGUCCUGGUGGAAGACCCAGCCGGAAUCAGAGCCAACGAAACCGCUUUGCCAGAAGACUGGAAAGACGUUUGCAACUCUUGCGGUGGUCACGUUGGUAACGCCGCCAACAACAGUGUCGACUUCUUCAACUUGGCUGGUGAAAACGUCCAAGUUGUUAACUUGCCAGCAGGUUUCACCACCAAGGGUAUCGUCGCUCUCGUUUUCUCAUGUAUCUCCGGUGUCCUUGGUUGCGCCGCAAUUGGUAUCUACGGUAUGGCUGAUAUUCCAAACAUGGAAGAGAAGGUUAUCCAAGAUCUGGAUAUUGAUGAAAGAAAACUGCUUGAAGAAAUGGACGAACAAGAUAACUUGGAAGAAUCAAACUCUUCAAGUGGUAGAUACUCAGAUGAUGGCGCUAACGGUAAAAGAUUCUCCGAUGAUGUUAAUACUACAUCAAAGAGAUAUUCUGAUGAUACCACCCCUAUCCAGGAAUAUCACGAACUAGAAGACGUUGACAAGAAGAGUUAGUAUCACUAUCGCUUGUUUGAUGUUUUCUAUCUUUUCUUUCUUUUUCCCCCAUCUACUACGUUUACAAGGUCUUUAAGUGAUCUAUAAUCUGUCUCUUUUCCCUUUCUCUGUUUAGUUUAGUUUAGUUUUCCUCUUUUACCUUUUUUUUCAUCGUUAUAAAAAUUAAUUUUAAUAUCCUAAAU